UUGUAAACCUGUGUUUUAUUUACAUUCUGGUAAUCACGCACGUGUUUCCUGAGAAAUAUGCAGUUAAAAAUGUCAAAACCAUUUAACAAGAAUUUUGUCAAGCAGCUACUGCAACACGAAAAUCAAUUUAUUACACAAAUUUUUUCAACAACACUGUUACCUACAUCAAAGCCAGAUGAAGAAAGUAAAUUAGUAAGACAUAAUGCAAAGGCAAUGUUAAAAGGCAAAGUUUAUCUUCAUUCUACUGGAGAAACUAAGAGAGCAAAUACAUUUGAAGAGCUACACACUAAACUUGAAGGGUUAAAAAAUGUGAAAAAAUUAGGAUAUAAGGAUAAACAGUUGAAGAAGAAUUUGAAAAAUAAAAUGAAAAAGAUUUCAAAGAAAGAAGAACGUUUGAAGCAAAAAAAGUUAGCCAGGAUAGAGCAAAAUUCAACAGAGGGAUCUAAGAUUAAAAAGGAAGAUGGUGAGGUACCGAAGGUUCCUAGACCAAAGCCUGUAUUUAAUUCAGAAGGCAAAAUGGUAUUUAGUAAGUUUGAUUUUUCGGAAAUUGGAACUAAAAAGAAACCUCCCAAAAGUGUAAAAGAUCCAAAGAAAAUUUUACUUCAACUGAAACAGAAGAAGGAUAAGUUAAAGGAAAUGGAGCAGUUGGGUGAAAUAGAAAAAGCGCAAGAAAUUAAAGAGAAGGACUCAUGGAAGUCUGUAUUAGCUAAAGCCAGUGGAGAAAAAAUAAAAGACGAUCCUGAUUUACUUAAACGAACAAUAAAUAGAAAAGAGCAGAAAAAGAAACACAGUGUAAAGAAAUGGGAGUCUAGAUUAGAAAAUGUACAAAAAGGAAUUCGAGAAAGGCAGGACAAGAGACAAGACAAUAUCAUGAAAAGGAAAAAAGAUAAAAAGUUAAAUAAGUUGAAGAAGUCUGCUAAAAUGGGAAGAGUGAUACCUGGUUUCUAAAUGUGUAGAAAACUGAGUAAAGUCAAUUCUUUUGGAAGAUUUUACGCAUAUUUUGCUCUUUUUACUGUGCAGAAUAAUUUACUAAAUUUGUUGUGUGAAAGACCUUGAAUAAUGUAUGUUGUGGGAAGAAAAGUGAGCGUAUACAUGGUUUAGCAGAAAC